AUGAACGAAAUCAACAGAUUACAAUUACCAGUAGAAAUCAUUCAUCAAAUCUUAGAAGAAUUCGAAAACCGAUUAGAUAAACACUUUGAAUUUACUUCAAUCACUACAACACCUUAUCUUAAAGCAUCAUCUUAUAUUGAAUUAAUUCAAUUGAGAUUAAUUUCAAAAAAUUGGUCGAAAGCUGUUCUACAGUUUUAUUUCAGAGCGAUUUGUGUAGCUGGUUCAAGGCGUGCGAAGAUAUUAUUGGAAAAUUGGAAUGAUUUGUUUGGACCUGCUGACUAUUGUCCUGUUAACACACUCACAAUCCGAGUAAAUUGGUUAUCAGAAGAACAAGAGGAAGAAGAAGCAGACGAUAUUUGUGACAAAGAAGAUGGUGAUUUGAAGGAAGGAGAAACAGACUACGUUGGUGAGAAAACAGAUGGUGAUCUGGAGGAAGAGGAAGCAGACGACCUUUGUGAAGGAAUAAAUGGUUAUUUGGGGGAAGAAGAAGCAGACGAUGUUUGUGAGAAAUACUAUGAUGAAGAAGAAUUGACUCCAGCGUCAAUGGAUCAAUUGGUUAGAGUAAUCAACUUGCUUGGUACAAACUUGAAGACUUUGAACCUCCACUUUGUUCGUUCUAUGGGUGUUUCAACUCAAUUGAUCGAAGCUAUGAAAACCAUCAGAAAUCUAAAAUCAUUGAGUAUCUAUGGGCACGAUUAUUCAGAACCUGGAACAGCUGGAAGAUCCGAUUUAGAUUCUAUAUCCGAAUUAUUCACAGCAAUACCUAGACUUGACUCUCUAUCAUUUCAUUAUACCAUGCUAGGAACUUUGAUUAUAAAACCUCCAAGUUUAUCGAAUUUACGAUCCUUUUCUUAUAUGUAUUCAGACGAUCCUUUAGGACUUUCUCGUAUUACCCAAACUUCGAAAGAUACUUUGAAACUUAUUCAACUUGAUGCUGUCACUGAGGAAGACGAAGCUUUAUAUCCCGUCUUUGAACCAAUCAAAAACACAUUGGAAGGCCUAUUCACACUUCAUUUUACUUGUCAAAUUCAUACUGAUGUCAGAAACUUACAUUUUCCAAACUUGAGAGUCAUGAGAACUGAAUGUGUUGAAGAACUUACUGGAGAGAUCCAUUGGCUGAAUGUCCCUAUGUUGAAGAAUAUUAGAACAUUGAUUACAGACCUGCGCCAUAGUGAAGGUUAUUGGCUAGCUGCUUUGGAAGAUGCUGGUGUGGAUGCGUUGAAGAAAGUUCCCAAUUUCAAACAUAUUGUGUUUGUCAAAGAUCAAGAUAAUCAAGAUAGGAUUCUUGAUCCUAAAGUGGUUGAAGCCUUCGAAUCUCGUGGAGUUCAAUGCCAUGUACUUAUACACGCAUUAACCUGUGAUGAAUAUAUGGAAUUGGAUCAUAAGCUCAAUGGACCCGUGAAAUAG